AACUUCAGUCACUAGCUAGUAUUAUGAUAUAUAUAUAUAGCACUAAAGAGAAAACAUGAAAUAUGAGGAGAUUUUCGCUAGAAGCUUUAGUCGACACGACCAAAACCGAUUCAGGUCUGGUGCAUUGCUUGCUUGCUUUGUAAUCUUAUGGUGCAUGUGCACCGUGUUCAAGCCUUACCUUGGCACCCUACCUGUUUAUCCUGAAGUAGAGAAAACAACUCUAAUCUGCGACACUUCAAAACCAAGAUAUGAUUCCUGUGAAAUGAAAGGUGACGUAAGGAUUCAAGGGAAUUCGUCCACCAUUUUUGUGUUUUCUUCGCAGCUCACAAAUGCUUCCAUGACCAUAAAGCCAUAUGCGCGUAAAGGUGACGAAAGCGCCAUGGAAAGCGUAACAACCUUCACCAUAAAAUCAGUACAAGACAAACCCGAAACCAUGAUCAAAUGCAAUAAAACUCACAAUGUCCCAGCCAUAGUUUUUUCAGUUGGUGGUUACGCUGGGAACAACUUUCAUGCUUUCACGGAUGUCAUCAUCCCUCUCUACGCAAAGUCUCGUGAGUUUAAUCGAGAAGUGAAGUUUCUCGUGACUGACAAUCGCCUUUCGUGGAGUAGAAAAUUUCACGAGCUAUUGAAAAAGUUGUCAAGGUAUGAAAUCAUUGAUAUUGAUCAUGAAAAUGAAGUGAAUUGCUUUCCUGGUGUGGUAGUUGGCCUUGGAAAAGAAGAGAGAAAAGAGCUUCACCUUGAAUCAGUGAAGGAUUUCACAAGCUUCUUAAGAAGCUCAUACUCCUUGGAUAGAUCAACCACGGAAAACUUAACAAAUGGUUUGACGAAAAAGCCUCGUCUCCUAAUAGUUUCACGAUCGAAAACACGCACUUUUGUGAACAUCAAAGAGGUGGUUCAUGUAGCCCAAGACUCAGGGUUCGAGGUGAUUGUGACAGAAAUGAACGCGAAUUUGACACGCGUUUCGCAGUUAGUAAACUCGUGUGAUGUGAUGUUGGGAGUUCAUGGGGCAGGGCUUACCAACAUGGUUUUUUUGCCUGAAAAUGGUGUUUUGAUACAAAUUGUGCCGUGGGGGAAUAUGGAUUGGAUAGCAAACACUUAUUUUGGAGACCCUUCAAAAGCUAUGGGGUUGAAGUACAUAGAGUAUAAGAUAAGCCAAGGGGAAAGCAGUUUGAUUGAUCAAUACCCACUUAACCAUCAAGUUUUGGUGGAUCCAUUUUCGAUUCAAAGGAAAGGAUGGGGUGUCUAUAAAUCUAUUUAUUUAGAUAAACAAAAUGUAACGCUUAAUAUUACAAGGUUCAAAGAGACAUUGUCAAGAGCCCUUGAAUUUCUUCACUCAUAGGUAUUUUUAGUUGAUUUCUUAAUUAGUAGAUCAAUUAGAUUGUCAAUCCAAUCACUAUAUUUGUAUUUAUUUAAGAAAAAAGUGAUCUGUAUUUAUGAAAGUGCAAAUAAGAAAGAACUUUGCAUUUUUCUUA